CAAACGCAAAAUAAACAAUUAUUUUACAUAGAGUGUACAUAGUGUCGCACCGAUUUUCAUUGGAAAUUAGAAAAUUUUGUUAAAAAAAAUUAUCAUUUAAUUUUGUAGAAAAAUUUUAAUAUUUUUAUAUUCAUAUUUAAUCUGCACAUUUGUUACGAGCGAUUCCCGAAACAUGGAUCUGACCAACAACUCGAAGCGAAAUUCGCUGCAAAGUCGCACGCCGCAGAGGCGUUCGGCGAGCGUCGACGAUGACGACAAUGUGAGCAACAACUCCUUGAGCUCCUUCAACGUGCUGCUAACGGCCGCCUCCGACUCGGAAUCGCAUUCUCCGGUCAGCGUGCGAGACAUGAUUAAACGAUACGACACGGUGGCCAAGUUGGGCACCAAAGGUGGUGGACGCGGUCUGCAGCAGCAGCAAUACAGUUUGCCUGCCAUGAAGUCCGCAUAUUUCGGUGUGAACAAUUUCGGCACCCAUAAGCUUUCGCAUCGGUAUCCGUCGCGCCACUUUGUGACACAUAAGAAAGAUGAGGAUAAGGGCAGUAAAUCGACGCAAACAAACCGUGGUAUUGACGACAGUUACAGCCCCAAAAAUAAAAACAUACGUGAGCCUAACAAGAAUAAUACGGAUGCAAUGGAUGACUCUUGUUUCGUUCGAGAACGGCACGUCUCUUUGAGCGAUGGCGAGACUAUCUAUGUUGCCGAUCACACCAGGCGUACUUCAAGGUCACCGGUUCGCGAAAUCAAUGAUACUUCAGUCGGUUUAGAGGAGAUUGCGACAGAUGCCAAGGAUAGACCGGUUGUCACUGAAAGUAUUGAGGAGGCGAAUUUUCAGCCGAUGGAGACUUCUUAUCAGAGUAAAACGACAAUUGCAAAGACUGCCGGUGGUGUCCGCAUUAUAAUCGAUAUAUUUUUCGAUCAGGAGCACCAGCCAGUAUCCGCCACCGACGUAGUAGGCAGUCGCGUCGAGACGGACAUCCCACAGAGUCGCAUACUCAACGAGUUUCAGCAACAAGCGGCGUCCGCUCAAGAAACACGCAACUAAUGGCGCCCAGCGAUUGUGGAAGCGAAGUCAUUUCAAGAAUGCCAGAAAAUAAUCAGACACCCAUGCAGUGUAAACUUUUUUGUACAAUUGAAAAGUCAGUGAAAUCAUAUCUGGUGGAAGCACGAUGAAUUAGUGGCGGAUCUGAUGAGUCCAAAUCUUAGUUCUUUAUUAUUUUGACAUUUUUUUUAAAUCAUCAAGCGAUUUUGUAUUUUUUGUGCUUUGAAUUUAUUUCUUAAAACUUUAUGCUAAUUCAGUUGCCAUAUGCAUUUUCCUAAAGAGUAUGCAAGUAUGGACACUGAAACGGAUAAAUUGUUUAAAAUUUCUGUUGGAAAAAUAAAAAUUGCAAAAAUUCAAACAAA